GCAGAUGUGAAUAAGGAUCCUCUUAUGGAACAGUUUUCCAGUAGUAGCACCCUGGGGGUAGAAGUGUGCAAAGUCGACAGGCGGUUUUCUGGCAAUCUGCAGCUACCCCCAUUGUCGUGGCGACAGUUGGAGAAGGCGAGGGAGAAGGAACGGCCAUCAACACCUGAAGAAGAUCCAGAGACCCAGAUCAGACCGACAAGCCUGGCCAUUUUCUCUCUGCCCCGCAUCGACAUCACACAUGCUGAUCCCGACAGCUUUGAGAUUGAGAACAGGCAGUCACGGUGCUGCAGUCCUUCAGACCUGCAGGUUUCUCCAGGUUCAGGUCUGAUUUUACAUCCCAAUGCAGCAAGCCAUGGCCAGCGCAGAGAAUCCUUCCUGUACCGCUCUGACAGUGACUACGACCUGUCACCAAAGUCCAUGUCCAGAAACUCUUCCAUUGCUGGAGAACUACAUGUUGACAACUUGAUUGUGACUCCGUUUGCACAGGUUCUGGCAAGCCUUCAGACUGUCAGGACCAACUUCGCCACUUUGACAAAUGUGCAGUGUGUUUCUAGUAGGAGGUCUCCUGCUGCCAGUCAACCUUCUGCCACCAAAGUUUGUCUGUCAGAGUCUGUGCAUCAAGAAUCGGCCUGAACAGCCACAGAAGGGCCCACCAGAGAAAUCAGCAGAACUGACAUCAUCGAUGACGAUGGUCAACCGACCAUAUAUGUGUGUGUGUGUGUGUGUGUGUGUGUGUGUGUGUGUGUGUGUGUGUGUGUGUGUGUGUGUGUGUGUGUGUGUCCUGGUAGUCAGGAGGAGCAGUGGAAUGGAAUGUCAUCGAAUGAGUUCUAAUGUACAGUAAUUAACAACUGUUAUGCAGAAAUGGUUUUAAAUCAGCAUGACAGUUUUAAUUUAGCAAAAAAAAAAAAAUGCUGUUGGAUUUUCUGGUUUAAAAUGUAAAAUUUUGUAAAUUGCAACAGCAUUAUACCGUAAAUAUAUAGGUUGUUCUGUAAGGGUAUUUAUUUUGCAGAAAUGUUCAAGCAACCAUACUGUAAAAGCUGCCUUUUUUUUCUUAACCAUGUAAAGUUUUUUAAAAUGACUUUUUUUAUGUUUUCUCUGCCUUUUUCUCUUCUUUUUUUUCCCAUUUCCUUUUCUUCCUUUUUUAACCAAAGUAGAAUGUGAGGGUACAUGGGGUAUGCUGAAAAAGAAAAUGGCAUGGGGUUGGAAAUGAGAAAAUUUUGUGGCCCAGGUGGUAAAGUGUAGUUGUCUGAUGGCUCGUUCCUGCAAUAACUAUGUAGUUGUUUGCUGCUGAGAAAAAUGUGAAAGUGUUUCCCUCCCAAAAGAUAGAAGAGGGGUUGUGUGAGCUGCAGGGAACAUCUGAAAUUAUGGAAAGAGGGUUAACGUAUACUGAGUGAAUGUGGUCUUGUCACCAUUAAUUAUAGUUGUCAGGCUUUUAUGAAUGAGUGCACAAUAAAUUUCAAUAGAAAUUCAAUUUCUGCAUUCAGAUUAAUUAAUCACUAAUCAACCAUCUUUAUUUUAUUCAGUUGCAAUGAUUGGCAACAUGAAUGAACUGAGUUGACUAAAAGUUGUUUGAGUAGUUGUUUUAGGUCAUUAAUUUCCUCAGUGUUUUUAGAUAGACUAACUUAAGAGGUUUGACUGUGUAGCUUUUGUUUGUUCUCUGAGCCUUUCUUGUCAUGGUGGUGUCUCUCCCCUCUAUACUGUUUACCCAUUUCUUUGACAAACAGCCAAGUGAAAAACU